AAUUUUUAAUCCAGUAAAAAUUGUUCACUGAACAAUAAAUCCAAAAUUUUUCAUAUUAGCAUAAUAAUGUCUGACCAGGCUCCAUUUGGACAUCGCAGAAUUUGGAUUAUGCCUAGGAAGAAAAGCGUUGGAGUUAAUACUUUGAUAACUAUGCAACAUAUAAAACUUGACGAUCUUAGUGACGAAGACAAAAAAAUCGACGUAUCUUCGUCCACAGCUGAUGCAGCGGGUUCUACAUCCGACUUCGAAUUCCCUAAUAUUGAAGGGCUUUCAGAACCUCCAACUUAUGCAGAAAAAAACAGUGAUACAAGGGACGAGGAGGAAGAAAUGGAUGCACGCCUUAAAGCCAACGAAUUUAGGGAUGUGUUUUACUCAGGGUUGGCCGAUUUUCGUGAUUCAGCAAUAAGAGAUUGUGCCGAUUACUAUGGUAUUGGGUCGGAAUAUCCUUCAGUUCCGGAUGAUUUAUCACCAUCAUCAAGUUCCACACUAGUUGGCGCCAGUCAAAGAAGCAGCAGUAGUAGCAGCGAGGAAUUGCUUAUGGAUGGUUCAGUUAGUGGAACUGAUAGCGGUAGCUCAUCCUCGCCGGACGAUGGUCCCACUUCUGAACAGUCUGGACAUGAUAUGAGGGAUGGUGCUAGUGAUACUGGUAGUAAAAGUGAUAAAGUAAGUGCUGCUGGUGUUGUGCCUACUUUUACUAAUGAGCGUGAACUUCCUCCAAGUUACUUAGCUCAGUGCAUUGCCGGCAUACCAUCAUUCAAUUUUACUGAAGUAGAUAUGCGUCCCAACGCCUUUCCCAGGUUUGACAGACAAUAUAAUGAUGCACGCUACUUGUAUUUGGAAGAGUUGGCAUCGCGGUCAUUAAAUAAGCAUCCAGAUUAUAGCGAAGAAGCAGAGAAAGAGUCCAAAAAAAAAUAAAUUAUUUCGCUAUCCUAAGAACUCUUUA